AUCCCCCGUCGGUGUCUGGGCCUCGUCCCCUUCUCUGUCUCCCUCUGUUCCCCCAUCACGUCCCCCGACACUGACACCCCAUUGCUCCCGCGGUUUCCCAGUCUCAGCUUUGGUCCCCAGACCGGUCCACCCGCGGAUUUGCCUGGAGCCCGCCCCUAACUCUGCACCCGCCCCCCGAGGGCCACUGAAGAUCAUGACUAAGACAGAUCCCGCCGCGAUGGCCCCGCCGCCCCGGGGGGAACAGGAAGAGGAGGAGGAAGACUAUGAACCCGUCCCUGAGGUCCCUAGCCCCACUCAGGAGCGCCGGCAGAAGCCUGUUGUGCACCCCUCAGCACCUGCUCCCCUCCCCAAGGACUACGCCUUCACCUUCUUCGAUCCCAAUGACCCGGCGUGCCAGGAGAUUCUGUUUGACCCGCAGACCACCAUCCCAGAGUUGUUUGCCAUUGUGCGCCAGUGGGUGCCCCAGGUCCAGCACAAGAUAGACGUCAUUGGCAAUGAGAUUCUACGUCGAGGCUGCCAUGUGAAUGAUCGUGAUGGGCUGACUGACAUGACACUGCUCCAUUAUGCGUGCAAGGCUGGGGCCCACGGAGUCGGGGACCCCACGGCAGCCGUGCGCCUCUCGCAGCAGCUGCUGGCGCUGGGCGCGGAUGUGACCCUGCGCAGCCGCUGGACCAACAUGAACGCGCUUCACUACGCGGCCUAUUUUGACGUGCCCGACCUCGUACGCGUGCUGCUGAAGGGCGCACGGCCGCGAGUGGUGAACUCCACAUGCAGUGACUUCAACCACGGCUCAGCCCUGCACAUCGCUGCCUCCAACCUGUGCCUGGGCGCGGCCAAAUGUUUGCUGGAGCACGGUGCCAACCCGGCACUCAGGAAUCGAAAGGGACAGGUACCGGCGGAGGUGGUCCCAGACCCUAUGGAUAUGUCCCUGGACAAGGCAGAGGCGGCACUGGUGGCCAAGGAGCUGCGAACACUGUUGGAGGAGGCUGUGCCACUAUCUUGCGCCCUCCCCAAAGUCACGCUACCGAACUAUGACAACGUCCCAGGCAAUCUCAUGCUCAGUGCACUGGGCCUGCGCCUGGGAGACCGCGUGCUUCUGGAUGGCCAGAAGACGGGCACACUGCGGUUCUGCGGGACCACGGAGUUCGCCAGUGGCCAGUGGGUGGGCGUGGAGCUGGAUGAGCCCGAGGGCAAGAAUGACGGCAGUGUUGGGGGUGUCCGGUACUUCAUCUGUCCUCCCAAGCAGGGUCUCUUUGCCUCCGUGUCCAAGAUCUCCAAGGCAGUGGACGUGCCCCCCUCAUCUGUCACCUCCACACCCCGGACUCCCCGGAUGGACUUCUCCCGGGUUACGGGCAAAGGUCGCAGGGAACACAAAGGCAAGAAGAAGUCCCCAUCGUCCCCCUCUCUGGGAAGCCUGCAGCAGCGUGAUGGGGCCAAGGCUGAGGUUGGAGACCAAGUCCUUGUCGCGGGCCAGAAGCAGGGGAUUGUGCGUUUCUAUGGGAAGACAGACUUUGCUCCAGGUUACUGGUAUGGCAUUGAGCUAGACCAACCUACGGGCAAGCAUGAUGGCUCUGUCUUCGGUGUCCGGUACUUCACCUGCCCUCCGAAGCAUGGGGUCUUUGCACCAGCAUCCCGUAUUCAGAGGAUUGGUGGAUCCACUGAUCCCCCUGGGGAUAGUGUUGGAGCCAAAAAAGUACAUCAAGUGACAAUGACGCAGCCCAAACGUACCUUUACAACAGUCCGGAACCCAAAGGACAUUGCAUCAGAGAAUUCUAUCUCCAGGUUGCUCUUCUGCUGCUGGUUUCCCUGGAUGCUGAGGGCAGAGAUGCAGUCUUAGAGGCCCCGGAUACCUGACACAGACACAGAGUCCCCUCUAGCGUCUCCUGACACAGGAGCCCCCAAGUCACCCUGAGAUAGAGAUACCCAGUAACAUCCAGAAUAGAGACCCCCAUUAGCCAGCCCUCAAUCACUGAGGCCCCAUUAUUAACAUUCUCCCAUGAUAGCCCCCCAAUACAGACCCCACAUCACCCAGAAAGAGAUUCCCUGAGUAGCACCUUCAGGCUAGUCCCUAUCCCCAACCCCUCAGAGCAGACCUCCCAAUUAACAGAUUUCCACAUCACCCCAAAUAACAGUGACCCUUUCCACAUAAUGCUCCACAACAGAACCUUGAGUCACUCAUCACUGGAUCAGAAACCUCCCCCUUUAACAAAGACCCCCUCUCAAGUCCCCUUGAAGUAAACAUAGGUCACACCUCCAGAACAACAGAGUAACAAACCUUUGUGUCACUAUCCCCCAUUUAAUGUCAGUCCCCUCAAGAUGUGACCCCACGGUCACCCUGAUUCUAACCCUGCAAUCAGACAUUCCUUCCAUUAACAAACACCCUUGUUCUUACCCCUCAAGAAAAGACCCACCUUAACCAGCCCAUUGUCACCCCCAAUUUACAGACACCAAAACAGUCCUGGAAGUGCUAAUUACAGGACUCCCAAGUCUUCCUACCCUCUGCACCCUCAAGAAACCCCCAGUGCCUUGUAUGAAGCCCACCCCACAUGGCCCACAGCCCCUGUGUUGGCCAGGCUCCCAGAAAAUUCUCUAUUUUUUAAGUAAUGACUUCAAAAAUGACCCCCAAAGGGGGACCCCAAAAUUUGGAGGCUGCAUGCUGGGAUUCUGGGGAUCCCAAACACUAGAGUACAUAUGUCCCAAACUCCCCCGUGCCCUUAAGUCCUAUAGCUCCUAGAAGACUCCAAGGCCCUAACUCCUAGGACUCCAAAAUCAUGGAAUCCCCAAAUCCCCAGGGAAUCCCAAAUUGAAAAACCCAAUCACAAGCCCCCAGGAAACUUCAGUCACAAGGUCCUUGUGCCUGGGAUGGAGGAGACUACAAUCAGGAUAUGCAUUCCAGGUUCCCAGGGCACCUCAAGCCCUAUUCACAGGCACCAAGAGACCCCAAAAAGGAAUUCCCAUCCCUGGAAACUGGAGGACUUCAAUGCCCUGAGUCCAUGGAUCUCAAAACAAUCAAAUUCCAAGAGAACCAGCCCCAAGGGAAACCCAAAUCCUAAAACCUCCAUCUCUAAUAUAUGGAGGGUCCCAAGACCCUGAGGGGAAUCCCAAAUCCUGGAGCCCCCAUUUCAAUCUAUAUUCUGGUCAUAGGUCCAAGACAUCAAAUCUAAGUCACUGGCCCCAAAGGACCUCACAACACCUGGGCCAGACCAGCCUGAAGGAGAACAUGAAGGCCCAAGGGGUCCGGGGUGGACCUAAGGCCCUGAUCACCAAGGACAGCUCACGACUGCCCCUUCACUGCAUGUCCCUAAACUUAGCAUGACCCCUGUCCUCUUCAAUAAAGGCGUUUC